CCCGUGUUCUUCCGCGAUCUGUUGCUGGUGUUUGUCAUUUUUGGCCCCUGCACCAUAGGACGCUGCCCUGGAGCCCCAGCAGGUGUGAAUUCUGCCACUUGGUACUACCACUGCCUCACUGUGCUGCUUGCCCUCUGAAUUAACCCCUACUGCGCCCAGUACCUUGCCUCUAUGUCCUCUCUAUCUUAACCUUACUCUGCCCUGUCACUUGCCUCUCUGUCCCCUCCUGCUUAACCCUUACUCUGCCCUGUCACUUGCCUCUCUGUCGCCUCCAGCUUAACCCUUACUCUGCCCUGUAACUUCCAUCUCUGUCCCCUCCAGUUUAACCCUUACUCUGCCCUGUCACUUGCCUCUCUGUCCCCUCCAGUUUAACCCUUAAUCUGCCCUGUCACUUGCCUCUCUAUCCCCUCCAGCUUAACCCUUACUCUGCCCUGUCACUUCCCUCUCUGUCCCCUCCAGUUUAACCCUUACUCUGCCUUGUCACUUGCCUCUCUGUCUUCUCCAGUUUAACCCUUAAUCUGCCCUGUCACUUGCCUCUCUAUCCCCUCCAUCUUAACCCUUACUCUGCCCUGUCACUUGCCUCUCUAUCCCCUCCAGCUUAACCCUUACUCUGCCCUGUCACUUGCCUCUCUGUCCACUCUGGUUUAGCUCUUACAGUGCCCUAAAUCCUAUUGAAGGAGUUUGAUUACAAAUAGUGCCGUCUGUUUACCGUUUUUGGUCCCCUCACUGAUUAAUCUCCUACUGGUGCCUCUUUUUAUACCCUGCCUCUAGCCUAUAAAUUACCCUGCCCUGAUGUGCCAGGCACUGGCCCAUUUCAGUGCCCUCUCGUUGUGCCCAGGUUACCUUUCCUCUUUCUGCGGCUGUUGCUCAUGCACAUUGUCCCCACCCUGGUUUCCAUGGUAACCCACACCUUUCAUUUGUGCAACACCUGUGCACAAGAAUCCUUACCCGCCCCUGCCUCCCCUUGUCUGUCUGUACUUUAGCCCCCUUGUCUGUGCCAACUGCCUGGCAUCAGCCUUACUCCUCCCUCCCACUAGCUCUUUACCAGCCGCCAACUCCCUGCACCCUUGCACUCACUAUGGACCUCGGAUGGCUCUUGUGGACUUUCCUCCUGCUCCUGCUUCCUUUCAUCAUAAUGGAGAUCAGCAGCACCUUUAAAUUCCAUUUCAAAAUUACCUCCUACUGUGCUCUCUGCCUCUUAUUAUCUGCCCUGGCAGCUCCCAUGUGCCUCCUGAGAAACGGUGGGCGGACUGUGGAGAACAUGAGGAUAAUUAGCAGAGUUGUUCGCACCCUGAAGUAUUUCUUCGGCAUACGCUUUGAGGUGAGAGGUUUGGAGAAUUUUCAGAUUGACGGGCCGUGCGUCAUUAUAUCCAAUCAUCAGAGUAUCCUGGACAUGAUGGGUCUGAUGGAGAUCCUGCCGGACCGAUGCGUUCAGAUAGCCAAGAAGGAACUCAUGUAUGCCGGCUCCGUCGGUCUGAUCACUUAUCUCGGGGGUGUCAUUUACAUUAACAGGAAUCGCACCAGUGAUGCCAAGAGCAUAAUGGCAGCCGUUGCUGAGGCGAUGAUAAGUGAUAACUUAAAGGUCUGGGUUUAUCCCGAAGGUACCAGGAACAACAGUGGUGACCUGCUGCCUUUCAAGAAGGGCGCUUUCCAUCUGGCAUUGCAGGCUCAGGUGCCCAUAAUUCCAGUGGUAUAUUCCUCCUUUACCAGCUUUUAUAACCAAAAAAAGAACCUGUUCACAGGAGGCACCAUCAAAGUUGAGAUCCUUCCCAAAAUUGACACUUCAGACUUGUCAGAAAAAGACAUUGCCGAUCUGACUGAGAGGUGCCACCAAACCAUGAGGCAGGUCUUCUUCAGGCUUUCGAACAAACCCUACGAGGCUAACGAGCAAAGCAACUGUGGGCAGUAGCGGCUCUGUGCUACACACAACGGGACUCAAGGUACCAAAGAACGUUCCAGGGCUAAAGUUCUUAUUUCCAUUCAAAAGACUCUGAACAAGUGGAACAGGGGACUGUUAAGUGCAGCAGUGAAACAUUCAAGAUAAGUUCUAGAGCUGGUGAUUUGCACAAUGUACAUAAGGCAGGAUUGUCCAUUUCUAGACUUCUGUGUAAUUUGCACAUACUGCUGCUGAAGCACAAGCCACAUUACUAAAGGAAUCUAAAGUCUCUUAGCUAAUAUUUUGGUGCAGUAGGUAAGUGUCUUGCACCCCGAGCAAGGGAAAUAUGGCAACAGAACUACACCUUCCUCUGGGAAUUUCCCAAAUGCAAGUCCUCGUGCUUCAAAAGCGUCUUGGUUCGCUUGGGUUUAGUGCCAUUUGUAUGGCAGGUGCUGCACUUGCAAUGUAACCUACAUUUAGCUGAUGGGGAAAUAUGUAAUAUGCAGCUAAAACAGAGCAAAUGGUCAUGGACAUGGGCCCAAUGAAACUAUUCCUCAUACAGUUUUGCUCCCCAAGAACUUCAGCAGUAGUUAAUGCUCUGGGGUUGGAUGCCUCCCAACUCUGGAUCACAUUGUUAUAGAUGACCUCUUGGCUGUUUUUUUUCACCACCGCCAUGAUUGUUAAAAUAAUUCUACAUGAAGUUCAUCUUAAUUAGAUUAUGUUGAUAUCCUCAUGGUUUUUACAUUGCAACCAGCUGGAGCUGAUACAACUCUGAUAUAUUCAACGUGGAGCAAUAAUGGGGUUCCAUACAUGAUGGAACUAAAAACAUUCUAGAUUAGAGAUGCAGAGCAAAAGUAACAAAAUGGUUUGCAUGUCACCCUAGGCAGAUAGGGCAAUUCCAGAAAAGUACUUUUGGCCAUGACCCAUGUCUGUGUCCUACUCUAUCAGGGGCUUCAUAAGAGAAGCUGUUGAUAUGAUAGUCCUCAUAGAAGUGGAAACCUUGAUGGAAUUGCACCAGACGUUUAAGAAGACAAAGAAGUUAAAGGAGAGAUCCAGCCAUGGGGUGGGUUGGAGUUAUUAAGAAAGCACUUAUCUGUUGAAUGGGGAACACUGGCCUCCUUGUUGUUCCAUAUUGACUUUCUUCUGUUGAAGGACCACUUCACAAAUUUUGAUGUUGAAGUUUGCCAAAUGUUUCCGACUUUACUAGAGUGGAUCAAGACCUCUUGUUUAGGGAUGCACCAAAUCCACUUUUUGGGAUUUGGCCGAAUCCCUGAAUCAUUUGUGAAAGAUGCGGCCGAAUACCGAACCAAAUCCUAAUUUGCAUAU